AUAAAGGGUGUCAAAAAUGAAGAAAAUUUUCUUUCCUGUUGUUCUCUUUGUAUUCUUGGAAUUUCUUGUUUUUUGCCACAGUCAGGAGGUUUCUUGCUUGUCACCAGCUGGACACAAAGUGGACUGGUACAUUUUGUACAAAAAUCCGAAUCCAAAACAAAGGAGAUCUGCUGAAUUUCAUAGAACAGGCAAAGAGUUUUACUACAUGGAUUCAAACAAUUCUACGUUUUUAUUCAAGAAUAAAGAUAUACAGGGAAAAAGUCUUAAUCCUUUAUAUAGAACAAUAAACCAAAUAUACACAAAGAAAACAAAAAUUUUCGGGAUGUAUAAUGACCAACCACCAAUAAAUACUAUUAACAAGAAGAAACCCAGCGAUUAUGGACAUACAAAAGAUUUAUAUGAAGACCUGGUGGCAAAAAGUCUAGGGGACAGACUUUCAGUAGAGACAUGGCACAGUCAAUAUUAUUGCACAAAACACGUCGAUGACAUCGAAGAGAUAAAACACGAUGACGGGUUUACGUUUCCUUCAUCGGAAGAUCACUCUAAGUGGGCUGUAACUAAAAACCUCAAUUGGACUUGCAUAGGGGAUAUCAACAGAUAUGAUAAACAGUUUGAAAGAGGAGGACUUACCCUUUGUAUUGACCAUGUAAUAGUUGCACAUCAGUUAAGAGGACUGAUAUCAAAGCUUAGAAACUGUGAGGGCAAAUCAGGACGCCGAACACCUACUUCACCUACGAAAACCUGUCGCUGACGGCAGAUAAAUAAAUUAAUAUUUGUA